CCUGUCGCCCUCCACCUCCUCCUCGUCCUGUCUUAUCGUCUCAUUUCUGUCCGUCACUUUCUGUUUUUGUCUUGUACUUCAGCUGUCUUGUUCACUUUUUCCAGUGUUUGAUUUUCACUUUUCUUUGUUCCUCUUAAAGGUUUUUUUUUUCUUCUGUCAGUUUUGUGGCUAGACUGUGUAGUUGUGUCUCUCCUUCGCUUCUGGUUUCUGUUGACAACACUGGAGGCUAUUUUUUACUUUGUCACAACUCCACCAUGUCCUUUAGUUUCUUUGUUUUUUUUUCUGUGCCAUUGCUUUAAUAUUGUAUUGUCCCGUCCUCUUGUCUUUCCUUAGUUCCUCGUAGUCUAGUUUUUCUGCUGCUGCUGCUUCACCUGCCUCGCUCCUUCAUUUUUCUACAACCUCUCUCCAUCCUCUUCUCCUCCACUCAAACUUGUGCUUUCUCUGAGUUGCUCUUCAAUUCUGCAUAAUGGGAAAGACAGAGCUGUAUUCUCUCUAUAAGGGUUUUCUGGACUGUGUUUGCCUCUGCCUCUCUCGGAGCAGCGAUGAGGCUGCAGGCGACAACGAGAGGGACACUGAGAACGGUCACCUGAUCUACAAAAAUGGGGACAUCCUCAAAGACAGAUAUGAGAUAGUUGACACUUUAGGUGAGGGGACUUUUGGGAAGGUGGUACACUGUUUGGACCAUAACAGAGGAGGAAGUCAAAUUGCUCUGAAGAUCAUUAAGAACCAGGAGAAAUACAGGGAAGCAGCCAAACUGGAAAUCAAUGUGCUGGAGAAGAUCAGUGAAGAAGAUCCACACAACAAGCAGCACUGCGUGCAGAUGCUGGACUGGUUUAACUACUACGGCCAUGUGUGCAUCUCUUUUGAGUUGCUGUCUCUCAGCACCUUUGAUUUCUUGAAAGCAAACAACUUCAUGCCUUAUCCCAUUAACCAGAUCCGACACAUGGCCCACCAGAUCUGCCACGCUGUCAGCUUUCUCCAUGACAACAAGCUGACUCACACCGACCUGAAGCCUGAGAACAUCCUCUUUGUCAACUCAGACUACUCCCUCAUAUACAACGCUGAGAAGAAGUGCAAUGAGAGGAGAAUAAACGACACCACAGUGCGGCUUGUUGACUUUGGCAGUGCCACCUUUGACCACGAGCACCACUCUGCCGUCAUCUCUACGCGUCACUACCGAGCUCCAGAGGUGAUUCUGGAGCUGGGUUGGAGUCACCCUUGUGAUGUCUGGAGCAUUGGGUGCAUCCUGUUUGAAUACUACAAAGGCUUCACACUGUUCCAGACACAUGACAAUAAGGAGCAUCUUGCUAUGAUGGAGAGAAUACAGGGGCCAAUUCCUCAGAGAAUGAUCCAAAGGAGCAGGAAGCAGAAAUAUUUCCACCGUGGCCGUCUAGACUGGAGCGAGUCCUCCAAGGCCGGACGCUACGUGAAAGCCAAGUGCAAACCAUUAAGGAAGCACUUGUUGUCACAUGGGACACAACACCACCAGCUUUUUGAUCUCCUGGAGAGGAUGCUGGAGUACGAGCCCUCAAAACGCAUUUCUCUUUCCUCUGCUCUGCACCACCCCUUCUUCCUGCCCCUCAUUCAUCCAGAAAGGAGCUGGUGAAACAGCUGUGAUAUGAGCAGAUGACCAUGAAUAGCCACUCGACCCUUGUGAGGACCACACCGCUGUGUUUGCAAGUUUUAGCUCCCAUUUUACAAAUCGUGUAAUUUACACGACAUUUCAAUGUGGUUAUCACUCUAUGAGCAAAACAGAAACUGUAAAGCAGUUAAGUUCAGACUGAUGGGAAAAGUGCUCUGAGUUUCAUUAUAGCAAUAAUGUAAACAGUUACAUUACAUACGUAAUUCGUAGUAAAAUGGGCUACAACAUGUAAAACCGUUGGGUAUUGUGUUGUAAAGACCGAUCCUCACACGUAAGUAAAUCAAGCCUGCUUCAAAAUCCUAAAAAAAAUCUGUAAAAUACAUGUUUAUAUUGUAUCUCUAAAAUUUAGAGGAUAUAGAUAGAAAAGCUUUGAAAGUAUCAGUUUUUGUUCUCAGUCACUUUAUUAACACUAAUUUGUGUUUUUUUUUGUAAUACAUUUUGUAUGGAAGGAG